AUGCAGGAACAAGUACGCGCGACAAUGGCUUCUCUUACCAAGGGAAGCAUCCCCGAUCCGACCGCAGACCUUCACUGGUCUGACUUCAAAGGACCAAUCCACGAGAUCUUCGCCGGCAAUGCUCGCAAGCAUCCCGAGCGGCCAUGCGUGGUUGAAACCGCCACCAGCAAAACCCCAGAGCGCAACUUCACAUACAAGCACAUAUUCGAGGCUACCUCGGUUCUAGCUCAUCACCUUGUGCAAAAUGGUGUGCAAAGAGGCGAGGUGGUCAUGAUCUUCGCCCAUCGCGGAGUAGAUCUAGUAGUAGCCAUCAUGGCUGUCCUGGCGGCAGGAGCGACCUUCUCAGUACUAGACCCACUAUACCCCCCAGAUCGCCAAUGCAUCUACUUCGAAGUCUCCCAGCCGCGCGCCCUCGUAGUAAUUGACAAGGCCAUCCGCGAAGCCGGUCCCCUCUCAGAACAAGUCAGGAACUACGUCAAGGACAACCUACAACUCCGGACCGAGAUUCCUGCGCUCGAGCUCAAAGAUGACGGAACACUCGUUGGAGGCUCAAAGGACGGAAGGGAUGUGCUAGAGGAGCAACAGAAGCUCAAAGCCGAGCUCCCCGGAGUCUUGGUCGGUCCGGAUUCGACACCCACACUUUCCUUCACUUCAGGAUCCGAAGGAAAGCCCAAGGGUGUCAAGGGUCGUCACUUCUCGCUGACACACUACUUCCCGUGGAUGGCCGAGACCUUUGGACUGUCUGAGAACGACAAGUUCACCAUGCUUUCUGGAAUCGCUCACGACCCAAUUCAACGAGACAUCUUCACACCACUUUUCCUUGGUGCACAACUACUCGUACCCAGUAAGGAAGACAUCCAGCAUGAGAAGCUUGCCGAGUGGAUGCGCAAGUAUGGCGCGACUGUCACACAUCUUACACCUGCCAUGGGCCAAAUUCUCGUUGGAGGCGCUUCGGCAAUCUUCCCUAGCCUGCAUCACUCAUUCUUUGUCGGUGACUUGUUGAUCAAGCGCGACUGCAGGAGGUUGCAGAACUUGGCACCAAACGUACGCAUCGUCAACAUGUACGGAACCACAGAGACACAGCGCGCCGUCAGCUACUACGAGCUACCAAGCUGUACUGAAGCACCUGAGUUCCUUGAUAGCAUUGGUGAAGUCAUUCCGGCUGGUCGUGGCAUGAACAACGUCCAGCUUUUGGUAGUAAACCGUGAAGAUAGGACAAAGGUUUGCAAGCCCGGUGAGAGUGGUGAAAUCUACGUACGGGCUGGCGGGCUGGCCGAGGAAUAUCUAGGUCUGCCUGACAUGACUGCCGCUAAGUUCGUCGACAACUGGUUUGUAGACCAACAGAAGUGGGUAGACGAAGACAACAAAAAGGUGGAGAGUCAAGGUGCCGCUGAACCAUGGCGAGAGUUCUACAAGGGUCCUCGAGAUAGGCUCUACCGCUCUGGAGAUCUGGGCCAUUACUCUGAAGAUGGUAAUGUACAUUGCACAGGUCGAGUCGACUCGCAAGUGAAGAUCCGAGGUUUCCGUAUUGAACUCGGCGAGAUUGACUCGCAUCUCUCCGCCCAUCCUUUGGUGCGCGAGAACGUCACACUGUUGAAGCGCGAUGCCUAUGAGGAGCCAACACUAGUCAGCUACAUCGUUCCCGAGAUGAAGCGUUGGUACGACUGGCUUGAGGAGCGUGGUGCAAAAGACAGCGAUUCCGUCGAUGACACUAGCAUGGUCACGUUGUUGAAGCGCUUCAAGUAUCUACGAGAUGAUGUGCGAGAGCAUCUGAAGAAGAAGCUCCCUGCAUAUGCCGUGCCAUCCAUCAUCGUUCCACUCAUUCGAUUUCCGCUGAACCCGAACGGCAAGAUCGACCGGCCAGCGUUGCCUUUCCCAGAACCAGCGCAUCUAGCAGCCGCGGGUGCAAGACGUCCUUCACAACUUGGUGCAGCUUUGACGCCAACUGAGAAGAAAAUGGCCAGUAUCUGGGCUGAACUUCUUGGCGAUCGCGGUGUGACAGCCGACAGCAUCAGCGGAAGCGAUUCAUUCUUCGACCUCGGUGGACAUAGUAUCAUCGCACAACAGCUAUUCUUCAAGAUCCGGCAAGAAUGGAAAGACAUUGACGUACCUAUGACUACCAUCUUCCAGUACCCUACAUUGCGUGGCUUCUCAGCAAACAUCGAUCAGGCAAUGGACCCUAUCGGUCUGCGUCUGGACACCGCCGAGGCCAUCGACGACGACCCAGAAGACGAGGCAUACUCUGCUGAUGCUAGGGAACUCGCCAACCAAUUGACUGAGUUCAAGACUAGGGAACCGUUGAACCCAAAGGACGAGGUACAUACUUUCCUCACUGGCGCGACAGGCUUCCUGGGGGCUUACAUCCUACGAGACGUCUUGUCUAGACCUGGAAAGGUUACGGUGCUCGUCCGCGCAAAAGAUAUCGAUGCUGCACUUGGGCGUGUCAGGCAGACGUGUUCUGCAUAUGGUAUCUGGGAGGACAGUUGGGAGUCACGCUUGGAACCACUUGUCGGCGAUCUUGAGAAGGAAAACUUCGGCCUUGAAGCCAACACAUGGAACAAACUCGUGGACUCCGUCGAUGUUGUAAUCCACAACGGCGCGUUGGUGCACUGGGUAUUGCCAUACUCAAGACUCCGUGGGCCCAACGUCAUAUCCACCAUGACAGCGCUCUCAAUGUGUGCUGCGGGCAAACCCAAGAAGUUUGGCCUUGUCAGUUCAACAUCAGUUCUUGACACAGAUUACUUUGUAGAGUUGUCUGAGAAGAGUCUAGCGAAUGGUGGUACUGGCGUCCCUGAGGAAGAUGACUUGGAAGGUGCCCGUAAGGGCCUAGGAACCGGAUACGGUCAGUCUAAGUGGGCAGCCGAAUAUCUCACGCGACAGGCUGGUCAGAAGGGUUUGAGUGGGUGCGUUAUCCGUCCCGGUUAUGUUUUGGGGGAUCCAGAGUACGGCACCACCAACACCGACGACUUCCUCGUGCGUAUCCUCAAGGGCUGUAUCCAACUCAAAUCACGACCCGACAUCAGAAACACCAUCAACAUGGUCCCCGUGACUCACGUUGCGCGUGUUGUUGUAGCGUCGUCGUUCAACCCGCCUAUCGCACCCCUCGGAGUCGCGCAAAUCACUUCUCACCCCCGUAUCACCUUCAACGAAUUCCUGGGCGCCCUCGAGAACUUUGGCUACGAUGUCCCUCUCGUCACCUAUGACGAGUGGAAACAAAGUAUGGAAGCCUAUGUCUCAGAUCGCUCCGGUACAAAGGAGGAGAACGCUCUUCUACCGCUAUACCAUUUUGUGACUGGAGACCUGCCUGCUGAUACCAAGGCACCUGAGCUUGACGAUAAGAAUGCAGCAGAAGCUCUGAAGAAGGAUCAGGCGUGGACAGGUGAGGAUUGGAGCAAGGGUGGCGCGGUGACGGAAGACACUGUAGGUGUUUAUGUCAGUUACCUCAUUGAGCUGGGCUUCAUGCCCAAGCCGGAAAAGAAGGGCAUCAAAGAGCUGGUCAUGAGCAGGUUGACAGAUGCUAUGCGGGAAGGCAUGAAGCUAGUCGGUGGUCGGAGGGGCGUCUAA